CCUAGGCUCGGACACCCAUCGCCAUCACUCAAUCUCUAGAAGCAUCUAGAAAACUACAAAACUCCCGUGUUGCUUUUCGCUGAGGCUUCUGAGGCAGGGAGUCCCGCUGGGCGCCGGCGAGAACCUAAACGCGGCGACCCGAGUCCUCCCCGCCUCCAGCCUGCAGCGGCGGCGUACUGAGGACCACAGCGAAGGGGAUCGCCGGGGUGCGGGAGCUGCGUCCCGCCCUCUCCCAGCAGAGGCUCCGGCGUGCCUUCGCCCGGCGAGGGUCUCACACAGUGACACCACCGCCUCGGUGGAUCCCUGCCGCACUCCCGGCGGCGCAGUUCCUGCCGCCCGGCCGCGAACCAGGGCCCGCAACGCGGCCCGGCCUUCUCCGCCCUCCUCGCCGUGACGAAUCGGCGCCCGGCUGGGAUAGGAUCCGAAUUGGAAGAGUUCUGAGGAAACUGGAGAGCCUGAAAAAAAAAUCCUCGGCUGCACUAAGCCUCGCCACGUCUUUACGGGAAGGGCUAUUCGUCUGAAGAGAGCCGGCUGCGGCCCGCAGAGAAAUCCCGGAGCGUGUGGAAAGUGCGAGCGCGGAAGCUCCGGCGCGAGGGGCGGGGCGAGCGCGGGACAAAGGGAAGCGAAGCCAGAGCUGCGGGCGCCUUUUCGGCCCGCGGUGUCUCAGAUUCAUUCUUAAGGAACUGAGAACUUAAUCUUCCAAAAUGUCAAAAAGACCAUCUUAUGCCCCACCUCCCACCCCAGCUCCUGCAACACAAAUGCCCAGCACACCAGGGUUUGUGGGAUACAAUCCAUACAGUCAUCUCGCCUACAACAACUACAGGCUGGGAGGGAACCCGGGCACCAACAGCCGGGUCACGGCGUCAUCUGGUAUCACGAUUCCAAAGCCUCCAAAGCCACCAGAUAAGCCGCUGAUGCCCUACAUGAGGUACAGCAGAAAGGUCUGGGACCAAGUAAAGGCUUCCAACCCUGACCUAAAGUUGUGGGAAAUUGGCAAGAUUAUUGGUGGCAUGUGGCGAGAUCUCACUGAUGAAGAGAAACAAGAAUAUUUAAACGAAUACGAAGCCGAAAAGAUAGAGUACAAUGAGUCUAUGAAGGCCUAUCACAAUUCCCCUGCAUACCUUGCAUAUAUUAAUGCAAAAAGUCGUGCCGAAGCUGCGUUAGAGGAAGAAAGUCGACAGAGACAGUCUCGCAUGGAGAAAGGAGAACCUUAUAUGAGCAUUCAGCCUGCUGAGGAUCCAGAUGAUUAUGAUGACGGCUUUUCAAUGAAGCAUACAGCUACCGCCCGUUUCCAGAGAAACCACCGCCUCAUCAGUGAGAUCCUCAGUGAGAGCGUGGUCCCUGAUGUGCGGUCGGUUGUCACAACAGCCAGAAUGCAGGUCCUCAAGCGACAGGUCCAGUCUUUAAUGGUUCAUCAGCGAAAACUGGAAGCCGAACUUCUUCAGAUAGAGGAGCGACACCAGGAAAAGAAGAGGAAAUUCCUGGAAAGCACGGAUUCCUUUAACAAUGAACUUAAAAGGUUAUGCGGUCUGAAGGUGGAAGUAGACAUGGAGAAAAUCGCAGCCGAAAUUGCACAGGCAGAGGAGCAGGCCCGCAAAAGGCAGGAGGAGCGGGAGAAGGAAGCAGUGGAGCAAGCUGAGCGCAGUCAGGGCAGCAUUGCCCCUGAGGAAGAGCAAGCAACGAACAAAGCUGAGGAGAAGAAGGAUGAAGAGAGCAUCCCUAUGGAGACAGAGGAGACACACCUGGAAGAAACAGCAGAGAGCCAGCAGAACGGUGAAGAAGGCACGCCUACUCCUGAGGACAAGGAGAGUGGGCAGGAGGGGGGUGACAGCAUGGAGGUGGAAGGGACCAGUGAUAGCAAUACUGGCUCAGAGAGCAACAGUGCAACAGUAGAGGAGCCUCCCACAGACGCCAUGCCAGAAGACGAGAAGAAGGAAUAAAUGUCGCCUUGUUUUAUGUGUCCUAAAACUUUUUUAAAUGGAAAAAAAAAUGUUUUUUUGGUUUUAAUGGUGUUAUGUGGUCUGUGUAUUAAUUAUUUCCUUUUCCAUUGAUACCACCAAAGUCUUUUCAACCAUCAACAUCACAGCCUGAUGUCAGGCACGCACCUUUCUCAGCAUCUCUGAAAUGGCUUUCCUUUGGAUGCUGUUGGUAGCUCUCCACUUCUGAAGCCUCAGAACUGAGAUUAAUUGAGAAGACACCCAGCUCUUUUCGAGAAUUACCUUCGAUGCUGCAGAAUCUACUCUUACAAAUGCCUUCCUUCAUCUCACGUGGGUGCUCAGCAAAGCCAUAGCUUUAACCCUUCCCAGCCCUGUCCACAGCUUUCCGAGCCCCGUCCUGUGUUCUUGUACAGAGGACCCUCUUGAAAACGUCAUGUGAGUACGUUUGUUAACUUGUUAUACCCUUUGUAUUUCUAAUGUCAGAUCCAGGAGUUCUCUUCCAGGGUGGACUGGUGCAAUUGUCUCCAUGGUAGAGUAGCUACGGUGUGAAUAGUCGUUAGAGUGAGCACAGCACGUGUACCUUAUCUGUAGUGUUUUCAUUCUGGUUAAUACGGGAUGUGUUCUGGGAAAUUCAUCCUCACUGUACAGGGGAAAAGAAAUACUUUUUUUUAAACCAGGUUGGUUUUCCAAAGACAUGAUAGACAACAGAGCUUAAGGAAUGGAAUAUUCUUAUAAUGGACUACAAACUUAAAACUUAGCCUGUUCCAGCAGAAAAACAGUAAUAAAGUUUAUCCACUUGAGCAUAUUUUACAGUGAUGAAAACCUCAAGGCUUGAGAUUCCAUAGAUCAGAGCCUACCUUUUUGAUAAAUCCUUGGUAGUCUUAGAGACCAGAAACAAGAUAGUUUGUGGUGUGUGCUUCCUAAAACCUAGAAUAGAUUUUUACUGAAUAGUGGUAUAUAUUAUGGUAUAUGUUUCUUAAAGGUCCAAACAUAAUAAAGAUAUGAAGAUAAA